AUGACUGAAAGCCGAAAUAUGACCGCCUUUAUAUAUGGAAGUGAAUCACUCAAGCGCAGUGCUAUAGAAGAGCGCGAGAGUCAAGUGAUCAAGAAGAUGAUUAGUGAGUUGAAAUCAGACAGUCUGGGGAAAGACGGAUUCCACAUGGGUAUAGCACGCCAACACUGGAUUUAUUAUUUUGAGAACGACCGUCCGGAGGGGUACCUCGACCCUCUGCUGAGCAGGUCUGAGAAAGAGCAUCAUUUCCAAGAGGUUCCUCGAACGUCAACGAGACAAACCACGUUUUCUUACCGUUGUAAAAUGGUGGUUCAACGUUAUGAAGCACCUUUUCCCUCCGGUCUCACUGCCCAAUACUUGUCACUUUUUCGCGGGCGUUCCAGUUGGCAAGGUAUUACUUCAAGGGUUUUGGAGGGACCCAGAGGAACGUCUGGCUGCACCAUCAGUGAGACCCUGUGA